UACCUCCCUGCCCUGUGGAACUUCCGGGAGAAGCCGCGCGGACAGAGACCGGGAGUGAACCCGGAGCCGGCUGAGUCUGAGAUUGAGCCGGAGUGACCGGGACUGAGGGCCAGGGAUCGGACAGGCCGCAGCGUUCCUUUCACCCCAGGCUUCGGGCUACAGUAACCGGCACCAUGCGGGACGUGAGCGGCUUCCUGCAGCAGCAGCAGAGCGGGGCCGGGGAGCUGGGCCCCGACUGGCAGCAAAUGGAGGAGCUUUACAACAAGAAACUGUGGCACCAACUCACCGUCCGACUACAGAACUUUGUGCAAAACCCCUGCUUUGCUACAGGUGAUGGCCUGAUCAAGCUUUAUGAGAAUUUUAUUAGUGAAUUUGAACACAGGAUUAACCCUCUGUCUCUUGUGGAGAUUGUUCUACAUGUUGUGCGACAAAUGACAGAUCCUAAUGUGGCCCUAACAUUUUUGGAAAAAACAAAAGAAAAGGUCAAAUCCAGUGAUGAGGCAGUAAUUCUGUGCAAAACAGCUAUUGGUGCUCUGAAAUUAAAUGUUGGAGAUCUGCCAGUGACGAAGAAAACAAUUGAGGAAGUAGAUGAGAUGCUGAUGAACCUUCCUGGAGUGACAUCCGUUCACGGACGCUUUUAUGAUCUGUCCAGCAAGUAUUACCAGAUAGUUGGAAAUCACGCUUCUUACUAUAAAGAUGCCCUGCGUUUUUUGGGCUGCAUUGAUAUCAAAGAUUUGCCAGUUGCUGAGCAUCAGGAGAGAGCUUUCACUCUUGGGUUGGCUGGGCUUUUAGGCGAAGGUGUUUACAACUUUGGAGAACUUUUAAUGCAUCCUGUGCUGGAGUCUCUCCGGACCACAGAUAAACAGUGGCUGAUCGACACUUUGCACGCCUUCAACAGUGGCAAUGUGGAGAAGUUUCAAGCUCUCAAGGCAUCUUGGGGGCAGCAGCCUGACCUGAGAGCCAAUGAACUGCGGCUGAUGCAGAAAAUCCAACUCCUUUGCCUGAUGGAGAUGACUUUCACCCGUCCAGCCAAUCACCGGCAGCUGACGUUUAAGGAGAUUUCUCAGAUUGCAAAGGUUCCUGUUAGUGAGGUGGAGCUUCUAGUGAUGAAAGCACUUUCUGUAGGUCUGGUGAAGGGCAGCAUCGAUGAGGUGGAUGAGCGCGUUCACAUGACAUGGGUUCAACCCCGAGUGUUGGAUCUGCAGCAGAUUAAAGGGAUGAAAGAGAGGUUGGACUGCUGGUGCGAGGAUGUGAAGAAUGUGGCAUUACUUGUGGAACAUCAGGCACAGGAUAUCCUAACCUAACUGCUGUGCACUCUGGAGUAACUCGACUGGCUCUUUUUAAAAUUAGUGAUAGAAAUUUCAGUGGCUCAUUUUCAGAAAUGAGCUGUAUUUUAAUGUCUUGGGACAGGGGGAGUGGCUUCACUUUCUGUACUUUCAUAUCACAAACAGUACUAGCUUCAAGUACACAUGGUUUAUAUCGCUAUCAAAGGAACGAAACUCUACGCUUCAAAGUGGUGUGGCCCUUGACUUUGCCCUUUUGCUCAUUUAGCAGUUUGUCUCCCUGCACGUCAGGAACUUCUCAUUAAUUAUAGCUAAUUAAACUCGUCCAGAUUCCUGUCUAUACAAGACUGUCUGCCCACCGACUGCAAGCAGUCCCAGGAGUUGGUCUCACUGAUUACUUCUCUUUUUAAAUUGCAGUGUGCAAAGUGAGAUCACAGAAAUUGCAGAGGUUACACUUAAAGCUGAUUGACAAACUGAUCCUUGUAGUUAGCGAAUACCUGAAGAAGUUUGAUGACUGUUUUGAUUCAUGCAAUCACGUCUGUGGGGAAGGUGGUUCCUCUUGCCUUCGCAGUCUCUCUCUGUGGUUGUGACUAUCUUGAUCUUUCCGGUAUCCCCGUCACUCCGCACUGUAGCUGUCUGUAUGCUUACACAUAAUGCCUUGUAACAGUUAUGUUACUGAACCAGUAACCCAGAGACCUGAUCUAAUAAUUGAGAGAUCAUGAGUUCAAAUUCCAUCAGGGAAUUUGAAUUCAGGUUUGAGAAAUGUGAUCUCUGUAAAAGUGACCAUGAUGUUGUCAGGUUGUCAAAUCCCAACUGUUUCAUUAACGUCCUUUAGGAAGCCUGCCAUCUUUACCAGGCAUAAGUCUAAUACGUGACCCCAAUCCCAUGUCAACUCCUUGGCCUGUACAAGGGUCCUUUUAAGACAAGUGACAAAUUCAGCUGUGUCAAACCUGCUGCUGCAAUGGUUCAAGAAGGCCCACCACCACCACCACCACCACCACCACAAAGCAAUUAGAGAUGGUAAAUAAAUGCUGGCCUUACCAGCGGCAUCCACAUCCUGAGGAUGAAUAAAAAUAACUGUCACUAGUGUUGUGAUCUGCAGGAAGCGGAGUGUUUAUCUGGGACUUGUAUGCUGCCUAAUCAAGUAGAGGCGCUGCAAAUGGGUAAAUUUCUCUGCAGUUCCACGUAAUGGCUGUACUCCUGCCUGUCCCUUUUUUUAAAGCAUUUUUUAGUUAGGAUUAAUGAAGUUAUUUCUGAAAUCACAGGACAUGAGACAUGACCAUUUUACAAGAAUAUUUAAGAUGGAAUAAAAGUGUUUAAAAAUGUC